AUGGAACAAGUGGACUCCUCACCGGCCGGCAACCACCACCACCACGCACUUCUCUUCCCUUUCAUGUCCAAAGGCCACACCAUCCCGCUCCUCCACCUCGCCCGCCUCCUCCUCCGCCGCAACAUCGCCGUCACCUUCGUCACCACUCCAUCCAACUUCCCCUUCAUCUCCCAAUCCUUCUCCUCCACCGCCUCCGCCGCCAAUAUCCUCACCAUCCCUUUCUCCCACAACGUCCCCGAAAUCCCCGCCGGCACCGAGAGCAGCGACGCCCUCCCUUCCAUGUCCCUCUUCUACCCUUUCGCCUCCUCCACCGUCCUCAUGCAGCCGGCCUUCGACGCCGCGAUCGAAACCCUAACCCCUCCCCCAAGUCUCAUGGUCUCCGACGGAUUCCUGUGGUGGACCCUGGAGUCUGCCAACAGGAUCCGCAUCCCGAGGCUCGUGUCCUUCGGGAUGUCCGCCCACGCCAUGUCGCUCGGCAGGGCGGUGGGCGAGACGGGGAUUCUGUGGGGACCAGAAUCCCCGGAAGAGCUCAUCGCCCUGCCCCAGUUCCCCUGGAUGAAGGUCUCCAAGUCUGACUUCGAACCUUUCUUUUACGAUCGCGAGGCGCAGCAGGGAGUUGACUUUGACUUUGUCAUGUUGGCCUUUGGUGUUGCCGCUCAGAGCCACGGGUUCGUGUUGAACACCUUCUACGAGCUCGAGAAAGCCUUCGUUGACUAUGUCAACUCUUCCAAGAAUGGACCGACUUCCUGGUGCGUCGGGCCUCUGUGCUUGGCGCCCGAGCCCAUGGAGGAAGACGUUUCGGGCCCAAGGCCUGAAUACAUGGAUUGGCUCGACCGGAAGUACGUGGAAGGGAAGUCGGUUUUAUUCGUAGCUUUCGGAUCUCAAGCUGAUAUCUCGUUAGAACAGCUCAAGGAAAUAGCGAUGGGGUUGGAAGAUUCAGGAGCCAACUUCUUGUGGGUUCUACGAGAUAAAGAGGCUGGAUUACUUGGCCAAGAAGAAGUAACCAGAUUUGAAGAGAGGGUUGAGGAGAGGGGAAAAGUGGUGAAGGGAUGGGCGAGGCAGAGGGAGAUACUGGGUCACAAGAGCGUGAAAGGGUUUAUGAGCCACUGCGGGUGGAACUCGGUGAUGGAGAGCGUGUGCGCCGGAGUGGCGGUGGCGGCGUGGCCGAUGGCGGCGGAGCAGCCGAUGAACGCGAGGAUGGUGGUGGAAGAGAUGAAGGUCGGGGUGAGGGUGGAGACGUGUGAUGGGUCGGUGAGGGGGUUUGUGAAGAGAGAUGGGGUGGCGACGGCGGUCAAGGAGCUGAUGGAAGGGGAGAGAGGGCGGAAGGCGGCGGAGAGAGCGGCGGAGUUGGGGGAGGCGGCGAGGGGAGCCAUGGAGGAAGGGAGUGGGUCUUCUUGGGUUAGCUUGGACAAGUUGAUUCAUGAGAUCACGGUUGGUGUAAAUAAGAUGGAUUAA